AUGGAUGUAGAUACUAUAAGAUCGAAGGCGGUUGAAUGCCACGAAGGAUUUCAGUAUAUUUUUGAUAAAAUGGGUGCUGAUCAAGUAACACAAUAUUUUAGAUGUCGCAGGAGGGACAUAAGUUGCAAGGGUCGUCUCCAUAUUAAAGAUGGAGUGAAAUUUGUUAUAGGCAACCAUGGCGGUCAUGAAGAAUCUCCUGUGGAUAUUGAGAUUGCUUCCACCAUCAGUAGAAUCAAAAGAAGAGCUGCAGAUACUAUGGAAGCACCGGCUGUAGCGAUCAACCAGUGUAUAGCGGGAUUAACAAUUGCUGGCAAAGGAGCUUUAUCAUCCAUUGAUACACUAAAAAAAACUGUAAGAAGAGUUAGACGAAACAACGGACCACACAUUCCAAUUGCACCUUUGAACUUAUUUGAUUUGGAAAUUCCAAACAGUUUCAAGGAAUAUGAAGUUGAGCCUGGUGUGUUUGAAAAUUUUCUAUUAUGUGAUACAGGAGCUGGAAAUAAUAGAAUUCUUCUAUUUGGUCGACAGAGGGGUUUAGAAAUACUUUCGUUAUCUCAUCAGUGGUUUGUUGAUGGAACGUUUAAAAUAGCUCCAUCUCUAUUUUCUCAAGUAUUCGUGAUUUUAGGAUGUCACAAUGGAGGUGUUCAUCCUUGUAUUUAUGCAUUAUUGCCUAACAAGAAUCAAGCAACUUAUACCCAGAUGCUUGUAGAGAUAAAAAAUUUAUCACCUGGUAUAAUUGCAGGAAGCAUAUCGGUGGACUAUGAGUUGGCUAUUCACAACGCUUUUAGGGCUGAAUUUCCCAAUAGAGAAUUCGUGGCUGUUUUUUCACCUCCUUCAAAAUUUAAAAAACAGAUUGGAGCUGCAGGAUUGAUGGCGGAUUAUAGAAAUAAUGCAAAUUUCAAUUUAUAUGCUAGAAUGAUAACAGCAUUAGCAUUUGUCCCUCCUGAUAAUGUUGUUCAAAGCUUUGAAGAUUUGAGUGAAGAACUUGAACGAGUAGAGCCAACUUUACAGCCUAUUUUAGAUUGGCUGGAAAUAAAUUACAUAGGUAUAUUGAGACGAGAAGGCUUAAGAAGAGUACCAGCAUUUCCAAUUCCAACAUGGAAUUUAUACAAUAGAGUGUUAGCUGAACAAAUGAAAACGAACAACAUAGCCGAAGCUUCACAUAGAAGGCUACAAGCUCAGCUAAGCAUGAGUAACCCAACAAUUUGGACCUUUAUUAUUGAGCUGAAAAAAGUACAGGCGGAACGAGAUUUGUAUUAUGAAUUUCUUGUCCGUGGAAAUGAACCACCUCCAUCCAAGAGAAAAUAUGUAGAUGCAGGAAAUCGGAUAUUACAUCUAGUACAAGAAUUUGAUAAUCGUCAAGUAUUAGAAUACCUAAGAGGACUUGCUCAUAAUUUUGUCAUGGAUCGUUAG